CUGCUCGACAAUGGCCCCAAAGCGAAGACCGGUCAACGUUGUUCGCUCGGGAAACGCAGGCAACUCUUCAAAGCCGACAAAACCCAAAGACGAGAAAGAUGGAGCCAACCCAGACGCGCCAGCGAGGCCACCUCCUCUCUUCCCCAUCGGCUACAAGUCGCCCGUGACCAUCUUGAACGAGAAAUGCCAAAAGGCAGGAUGGGAGAGGCCCAUUAUCGAGACUAAGCAGAACCCGAGGUCGAACCCCGAGACGUUUGGCGGCGUGGUCAUCCUGCGCAAGCGGACCAGCAAGAAUGUGUACGACCUCGACACUGUGCGCUUCACGCCGCACCCCCCGUUGGACAUUGACAAUGCCGCGAUGGCAAAGCACUACCUGGCGACCUAUGCGCUGUUCCGAUUCCUCAACCACCUCCCGCUUGCCUUGACGCUCCCUCCGACGAUCAGGCCGUACUGGACGACGCUGCUCGCCGAGAAGUCGGCCGCCCCGGCCCACAGGGACUGGGAGUGGGCGCCGGACCCGUUCGCGGCCAAGCACGAGGUCGAGGCCCGCCAGACCAAGAAGAAGGAGAAGGACGAGGCGGUCGCCUCUGGCUCCGCGACGCCGGGCGGCUCGGGCUCGGGCCACCCGUCUGGCCGCUCGACGCCAGUCAACGACGGUCGCCGAGGUGGAAAGGUCUGGGAGAAUGCGCCCGAGGUGCGCAUGGCUCCGGCGCUGCGUGAGGUCGUCGAGGGAACAGUGAAGAAGUUGAUGAAGCGCUUCCCCUCCGCCAUCAUGGACGCGGCCCGCGAGACGGAGGGCACGCCGGCCGGCACACCCGGCGCGUCGGGCACGAACACGCCGAGCCUGGACACUAAGCCGCUCCAGACGCAGCUCGAGACGCUCGGCUUCCGCCCAGCGCACAUCACCUCGGCGCUGUCAGCGGUCGCGGCAGCGCACGCUCGCCUGCAGGCUGGCGGCGUGAACGGCGCCGACCCGCUCGUGCUCUCCCUGAGCAUUCUGUCACCGCUGGAAGCGGCGAUCGAGUGGCUCCUGCUCCACCUCCCAGAGGACGACCUGCCGCCGCGCUACCGGCCCAGCAGCAGCGCGUCGGACAUGGUCACUGGCGGCUCCGCAAGCAAGGGGGGCAAGAGCGCGCUCGUGCGCGGCUGGACAGUGGACAAGCUCGUCCGCAAGGCUGGUUUCCCGCGCAAGGCGGUCGAGGCGGCCAUCGCCACGGAAGACCGCGAGUCGCUCACGCUCGAGCUGCUCGGCCGCCGCCUGGUCGGGUGGAAGGGCGAAGACGCGGGCUGGGGCGACAAGGAGGUCGUCGAGUGGGGACCGGACGCCGCGGCCGACGAGGAGCGCCAGGUCAUGCGCGACGAGGAGGUCAUGGCCCUCGAGGCCAUGCUUGGUGAGCGGUUCCGCCGCGGCGAGACCCCGUCCGAGCUCAUUGUCGACAUUGAGAGCGGGAGCGACACGCUCCACCUCCACGUCGUGCUGGACGAGCACGCGCCAUAUCCGUCCGCGCAGCACCCGACGCGCCUCCCGCCGUUCUACCUCACGUCGCCGAGCCUGCCGUCGUACAUGCGUCUGCACCUGCACGCCGACAUGCUCCUCCAGUUCCGCGACCCGCAGCGGCACGACCUCGUGUCGGUGCUCGAGGCGGGCACGGGCGGUGCCAUCCUCAUGAUGGUCGAGCACCUCGAGACGACGCUACCGACCGUCGUCGAGAACCCGCCAGACAUUGCCAACGUGACGCAGCACCUUAUCCCGCGUGUCGAGGACGACGAGCCGGACCGCGCACCGAGAGAAGCGCAGCGCAAAGCGCCGAAGCAGCACUCCACUACGCGGAGAAGAGAGCCGACCGCGGCGGAGAAGGAGGCCGUCGUGGCGUCGCAGAAGGCGCUGUUCGCGAAUCCAGAGUACAAGCCCAUGCUCGCUGCGCGCGAGCGGCUGCCGGCCUGGAAGGAGCGGGACAAUAUCUGCGAUGCGCUCGCGAAGAACCGCGUGUUGGUAGUUGUUGGAGAGACCGGCUGUGGAAAGAGUACCCAGCUCCCGCAGUUCAUUCUGGACCGCGAGAUUGCCGAAGGGCGAGGCGCGUCGACCAACAUCAUCGUCACGCAGCCGAGGCGAGUGGCAGCGAUGGGCGUCGCUGCGCGCGUGGCGCAGGAGCGGCUCGAGGACGUCGAGAAGAACCCCGGGUCAGUGGGCUACGCUAUCCGCGGCGAGGCGCGCCGCUCGCGCGACACGCGCCUCCUGUUCUGCACGACGGGUAUCGUCCUCCGCCGGCUCGGUACCGGCGACGCCGACCUCAGCAACGUGUCCCACGUCAUUGUGGACGAGGCGCACGAGCGCGGCGUAGACACCGACCUGCUUAUCUGCCUCCUGCGCGACCUGCUCGAACGGAACAAGACGAUCAAGGUCGUGCUCAUGUCUGCUACUAUCAAUGAGCAGAUCUUUAUCGACUACUUUGGGGGAUGUCCGAGCCUCAAGAUUCCUGGGUUUACGUAUCCCGUCCAGGAUCAUUACCUCGAGGACGUCGUCCCGCUCAUCAAGUACCAACCUACACCGUCGCGAUAUGGACCCAAGCUCAACGAGGACCAGAAGGCCGCCAUGCGUGCUGACUACGAAAAGCUUGGCCUCGCGCAGGACGACCUCCGAGCCCUCGAGAUUAUUUCACAGUCGGACCGUAUCGACUACGGCCUGGUCGCUGCCACAGUCCAACACAUUGUCCGCACGGCCCCAGACACCAAGGGUGCUAUCCUCAUUUUCAUGCCCGGUGUUAUGGAGAUCCGACAGUGUAUCGCGGAGCUGCAAAAUGCCGACCUCGGUCUGGUGGAAAUCCUGGCACUACACGCCAACCUCUCGAGUGCCGAGCAGCGACGCGUUUUCAUCCCCACAGCUCCCAAGCGAAAGAUUGUGGUCGCAACCAACGUGGCAGAGACCUCGGUCACCAUCGACGAUGUGGUCUACGUUGUCGACUCUGGGCGCGUCAAGGAGACGCAGUACGACGCCGACAACGGCAUGCAGCGCCUGGUCGAGUGCUGGACGAGCCGGGCAUCCGGCCGCCAGCGACGCGGUCGUGCCGGUCGUACUCAGCCCGGGCAGUGCUACAAGCUGUACUCGCACCGCACGGAAAACAACAGCAUGCCGCGAUUCCCAGUACCUGAAAUCUUGCGCACACCACUCGAGGCGCUGUUCCUGCAGGUCAAGGCCAUGAAUGAGGAGACAGACGUCAAGGCGUUCCUCGGCAAGGCCAUUGACCCUCCCAAGAUGGACGCCAUCGACUCUGCCUGGCAGACCCUCAUCGAUCUGGGGGCGGUGGAGAGCGAGAAGCACACGAGUAAACUCACCGCCAUGGGUCGCCAUAUGAGCAUGAUCCCUGUCGACCUGCGAUUGGCCAAGAUGAUGGUCUUGGGCACCAUUUUCAAGUGUCUCGACACCGUGCUGACGAUUGCGGCCCUCCUUUCCUCCAAGCCACUAUUCACGUCACCAAUCGACCGCCGUGACGACGCCAAACGGGCACGCGAGGCGUUCACCACCUCUCGCUCUGAUCUCUUGACCGACGCACGAGCGUACCACGAAGUCGCCGCACUGCGCGGCAGCGCAGCACGUUCAUUCUGCGAAAAGAACUUCAUCUCUCCGUCAACUGUGCGCGACAUCACGUCCUUGCGUCAGGACUUUAUUUCUGCCCUGUCCUCGCUUGGGUUUAUCAGUUCGUCGGCCGCCGGCCUGGCGCGCGUGAGCACCAACGUGGCCAAGGACAACCUCGUCAAGGCCGUGAUUGUCGGCGGGCUGUACCCGCGCGUUGCGCGCAUCGCCCUCCCCGAUGCGCAGUACGAGCGCGUGCAGCAGGGUGCGAUCGCAAAGGAGCACGAGGCCAAGGAGGUCAAGUUUUUCGACCAGGCCGGCCGCGUGUUCCUGCACCCGAGCAGCGUGCUCUUCUCCGUCUCGGGCUGGAAGCGCGGCUACCUUGCCUACUUUUCCAAGGCCGAGACGUCCAAGGUCUUCCUGCGCGACGCGACCGACGUGCCGCUGUACGGCCUGUUGUUGUUCGGCGGCCAGAUCACGGUCAACCACUGGGCUGGGGGGCUCAUGCUCGGCAAGGACGGGCACGUCAAGCUCCGGGCCGCGACGCGUAUUGGUGUGUUGUGCGCGCAGCUGCGCCGCCUGCUCGACGCCGAGCUUGCCGAGCUUAUCGAGUCGCCGCACGGCGCGGCCGACCUGCGCGAGGACGUGACGGGGGCCAUGAUGGCGCUCCUGGCGCGCGACGGUCUCACCCAGUAG